ACCAACUCUCAACUUUUGCUGCAGUUUUCAUCCCACAGAGCGAGGAAUCUGAUGAGCACCUGGAGAUUGUUCAACCUCUUUCAAAAGAAAAACAGGAGGAAGUGAAAACGAAAGAGGAAAAGAUUGCCGAGGAUUUCUGCAAGAUUCAGGAACACAUGAAACAUUUCAUUAUACAUAUGAAAGAAUGUAUUAGCCUGUUGUACCAUAUUGCAGACUGUAUAGAGAAAGUGCACAAGGACACCACCAUUGCCAACAUAGCAGGGAGCACAGCAGGAAUAGCAGGAGGCAUCACCGCCAUUGUAGGCCUUGCACUGAUUCCCGUUACACUGGGUGCCUCAGUGAUCGUCAGCGCUGUUGGAGGAGCAGUUGCUGCUGCCGGAGGGCUCACUGGGGCAGGAUCUUCCAUUGUUGAUUUUUUUUACAUUAAAAAACAAUGCAGUGAAGCAGAGAAAAUUUUAAAGGCAUUUAUGAAUGAUGUAAAAUGUAUAAAAGAUUAUCUGUCAAAUAUCGAUAUUCAGUUGGAAGCAAUAAAAUCUCUGUUUGGUGAGAACACAUCUGAAUAUUCCAGAUUUACCAACUAUUUGUUAAAGUUUUAUCUGCCCUUAAAGGAGGAGAGUUUACUCUUCAUCUCAGAAAAUGAAGGAUUUAAUGCUUUAAAACAGUUUGCUGAUUUGUUCAACUUCAAAACCCUUACAGCUCUAGUGCCCAGUUUAAUUGAAACUGCAGCCCAGGCAGGAUCUAGUGGAGCCAAGGCAGCAUCUAGCGGAGCCCAGGUAGCAUCUAGCGGAGCCCAGGUAGCAUCUCGUGGGGCCCAGGUAGCAUCUCGUGGGGCCCAGGCAGCAUCUCGUGGGGCCCAAAUAGCAUCUAGUGAGGCCCAAAUAGCAUCUAGUGGGGUAGUGGUAGUAUCUAGUGCGGCCAAGGCAGCAGUAAUUGCCAGUGGGGUGUUUGUAGCACUGGGUUUAGUGAUUGAUAUUGUCUUUCUUGUAAAAAAUUCAAAGCAUCUCCAUGAAGGAGCUAAGACUGCGCAGGCAGCAGCUAUAAGGAGCAUUGCUAGUGCUUUAGAGAAAGACUCAAAAGCUUUUGAAGGUAAAAAUGUACAGGAAAACUGUGAAAUGAAUCUCCAUGAAGGGACUAAAUCUGAGCAGGAAUCAAAGACAGAAAGGACCAUUGGGACAACUUUAGAGGAAGACACAACACUGUUAAAAAGUAAACAAUGAAGUUUUCUGCACUUAAUCCACAUAAUCAAAUUUGCCAAGGUGUACAUGCGUAUAAUAUACAUGUCUGCAGAACAUGCACAGUCAGUUAUAUGGUCUCAUCAUCUCUCAGCGUUCCCAAUCCAGCUCAUAAUCCUAAUGGAGCUGAGAACCCAAUUAUAAAACCCUUCUAAACCGUAACCAGACCAGCCUGAAUUUAAUGUAGAGACCUGGAAAUAAGUAACUAGUUCUCUUUAUGGCAUUCUGGCUUCAUCUAGGGAUAGAUACAUCUAGACACCCAUCACAUGGGGUGAAAUGUAAAAGAAAUCUGUCUUAGCUUUGGUGGACCUUUUGUAUCUUUACUACUGAUUAUUAUAAAUUGUUUACUCAUUUUUCGGAUGCUGCAUUUACAUGUAUCUGAUGAUCCAUUUUGUGUUUUUUUUUGCAUAUUUGUUUACUAUUGUUGUAAUGUUUUUACUAUUGUUGUAAUGUUUUUCUUUGACUUGUUGUAUAUAGUCAAUAAGGGAUAGAGAAGGUCAUUUAUUAACACUGGGCACAUUUGCCCAUGGGCAGUAACCUAUGGCAACCAAUCAAAUUGUUGCAUUCAUUGUUCUGCCUGCAGCUGGCAGUAAAAAGCCAAUCACUGGUAGGUUGCUAGAAGUUAUUGCUCAUAGGCAAAUUUGCCCUGUGUUGAUAAAUGAGCCACAAUUGUCUUUCUAAAGGAGAACUAAAGCUUAACAAAGAAGUAGGCUAAAGGCAACCCCGGCCCUUUAUCAGGAAAGAUCUGUGCCCCAAAAGAUGCCCCGGUAGCUUCAUUUCUGCUGAUUCACUGCACAUCCUCUGUGCUACUGUUACUUACCUGAGCUUGGGGACUGACUUACAAUAUACCAUACCUCCCAACAUUUGAAAAAUGGAAAGAGGGACAAAAAGAAAUCCUGCGCAUACAUGCCCUAAAUACCACUCCCAUUUUACUAAAUUUGGCAGGUUAUUUAAAGUUUGAACACAUUUUGCUAGUUUUGCUAAAGAGGUGAAAUUAGCUUAUUAGUUACAGUUGUAUCUAAGUGCAGGUGUUGCUUGUUUAGUUUUCUGGGCUACCUAUUUAAUUACGUUUGAGAAACAUUGUAUCUUUUUAAGCAUUCAGUGCAGGAGAUCAAAGAGAAAUGAGGAACUUUUCAGUAAGAA